CCCACACCUCCUUUUCCAGACAGAACCAAGAUGACAUGGCGCACUCCUGCCAGGCUGCUGCUCUCUAGGAAGACACGAAGACAGCGAGUUGGAUUCAGUGGUGGGAACUGAUGAACAGCAAACGUUGCCUGGCGGUUCUCCGGAAGGCGUGGCCGAGUCAUGUUUACGUCUGGCUUCCCAGAGAAGAAGAAGAAGGAGGAGGAGGAGGCGAAGAAGGAGGAGGAGGCGAAGAAGAAGACGAAGAAGAAGAAGAAGGAGGAGGAGGCGAAGAAGAAGAAGAGGACGAAGAAGAACGAGAUUGCCACCGCAGAGAGUGCACCUGUCACCAUCCCGUUCGGAUAUCGCGCCACGCCGACCGUCAAAUGAGACACUCGCCGCUGCGAGGCAGGACACCAAAAGCUUCACCUAAGGGGGUGCCGGCCGGCUCUUCAGGUUGCACUCGUCCAUGCCGAGAAGGGGAAAGGGCGGCCGGCCUUGACGUUUGGCCUGGAGCGAGAUGCGCCGCGGGGUAGAUUCCGUCGCGGCGAUGUCUGAAGGAGAAGAAUGGGAAAGCCGAACGACAACGCAGCUCAGCGGCGCCGAGCCCGAGCCCGAGACGGAUCGGCCGGCGACCUCCCGGACGGGCUCCGAGCCGACGGAAGCGGCGGCGUCCUCCAGCCCCGCGCCGGUGCUCGGCGAGUCUUUCUGCCAGUGCGCCCGGGCGGACGAGCCGAGCGCGGGCUUCGGAACGGCUGCCGACUGCCUCUGCGGAGAAGACGACGACGACUUGGACUGGGUUUGGGACGAGCCCGCCAAGUCCUCCGGCGCCUUCCUCAGCUGCGACGACCGCAAGGUGAGCUUCUACUCGGACUACAGCUGCGGCACGGCCGCCGUCCGCGGCGCCAGAGAGCUCGCCGAGGGACAGCACUUCUGGGAAAUCAAGAUGACCUCGCCCGUCUACGGAACCGACAUGAUGGUCGGCAUCGGGACAGCCAAGGUGAACCUGGAGAAAUUCAAGUACAACUUUGGCAGCCUGUUGGGUCACGACGAAGACAGCUGGGGGCUCUCCUACACAGGUCUCCUCCAGCAUAAAGGUGAGAAAGUGAGCUUCUCCCCCCGCUUUGGUCAAGGCUCCAUCAUCGGACUGCACUUGGACACCUGGCACGGUACCUUGACCAUCUACAAGAAUCGACGCUGCGUAGGUGUCGCUGCCACUCGGCUGCAGAACAAGAAGCUGUACCCCAUGUUGUGCUCCACGGCGGCCAAGAGCAGCAUGAAGGUGAUCCGCGCCUGCUACGCGCCCACCUCCCUGCAGUACCUGUGCUGCGCCCGCUUCCGGCGAAUGCUCCCCUCCUGCCCGGACGUACUGAGCGCGCUGGAGCUGCCCGCGGGCCUGCUCGCCCUCCUGCGCCGCCAACUCGGCUGGGUGUUCUCCGUCGCGCGAGCCGAGGGGGACGCCGGCCGCCCGUCCGGCCCCGCCGUCCUCUGUGCCCGUGACUGGCCCGCGCCGCUCUCGGAGCCGCCUCGCCCCCCGACAUCCCUCGGUGGCGGCGACGACGACGAAAGUUCAGAGCCAGAAGACUAUCGGAGUAAAAGAUGCCGCUGGACAUGACGCGUGCGACUCCCAUCGGUAAGUCGGUGGCAAAUUCUCAAUUGUUACUGUUUAAGAAGUGGUGAGGAAACAGGCACUCAUGAGCGGGACUCAAAUAGGAGGCGCGGAUGCCGGGAGAAAAAUCACUUCUUUACUUUGUA